CUUAAAAAUAUUAUAGAUUUCUACUUGUAUUGUAUUGAUAUAAAUAAAAUACAUGAAAUGCACUACAAAUAAUGUCAUCCUUGGAUUCAAUCCAAUUGAAAUAAUGUUGCUAAAACAAUUAUUCCGAUGCCAUGGACAAGUCAGAGAAUGUUAAUGAAUUAUUUCAUUAAAUCAGAGAAUGUAAAUGAAUAAGCAAUUACUCACGCAACGCACAUACAUAAGUUGGAAAAAUUGCCUAUUAAAUGUUUAUUUUAUUAUGAAUUCUGGGGUAUUCACCGGUAAUACAGAUUUUUAAUUCAGAAGGCUUUUCAUAAUUAUAAAUUUGUCAUAUCAUAGAAAUUGAAAACAUAAAUCUAAAUAGGUAUGCGCAACGAUUUUUCAUUUAGGAAUAUUCGUUGUGUCUAUUUAUAGCAUUUCGCACAUUGCGUGGUGUAUUUUUAUUUUUCGAAGUUAUAUUUUUCGAUGUUCCCUCAUCUGAAACUACAAAUUAGUACUCAAAAAGAUUUCAUUUAACAUUUGCUCCUUCUCUAUUCAUUUACGUUCUCUGUUUACAUUCUCUGAUACGGCUAAUAAGAAAUAUACGUUUUAACAAGAAAAACGCUUUAGCACACUGGUUUCCAAACAGCUGAGUACAAUUUUUCCAUGAAUUUCCAAAACAAAAAGGAAGUGCGUAAGAAAAGCUUUCGGUCGCACAAAAAAGUUUCGUAAAAGUUUAAAAUAUUUUUUAAAUGAAGAUUUUCAGCUUUGUUGAAAUAAACAAUUUCUUUCAAUUAAGAAGUAUAGAGUACCAAACCUUAGCGCUUUAGACUUCACCUGCAUACAAGGUAAAUAUAAAAAUAGUAAUAGAAAUUCAUUCCAAUUGACCGACUGCGCUACUGGAGAGGAAGACGCAAACUUUUUGGAUACGCGAGUUAAAGCGAGAAAGCAACAAAGAGUGUCAUCGCCAGUGGGCAGUAAAGAGCACCCCGGCUGCAAGAAAUCUUAUGUACUUCCUCUACAUUUGUGUUUCAUUUGCAGUUUGUUCUUGAAAUUGCAACAACGUUGGGGCGAGUGAGCUGGAGAAAAAUUUAUACCGUGAGUUAGUAGAAAAAAUUAAAAUUGAUUUGCAGUGAAAAUAUAAAAAACUGAUUAAAGUGGCACUCACAGAAUUGUCUCAGUGUGUCAAAAACAAAACAAAUGAAGUAAAAUUGUGAUAACUACAAACAAUUCUGGAACGCAAAAGUCUGACUAAUAAGAAAGUAAAAAGUUUUCCACUGGGGAAAAUUUGAAUAUAUACGUAAAAAGUCAAAAUUGGAGAAAAAAUUGAAUUGACUAUUAGAAAAUAGUUAACGACAAGCUGUUAGUGAUUUAAAUUUAACUCAGUCCAAAUUUGAUUUAAAACAAAAUGGAUUUUAAUUUUGCCGAUUUGAAGAAGGAAGCAGCUGCUACUGCAGAGGAUGUCUUCUCUCACACUGCAGAUGUAGCUAAACAAGCAACAAAUGCAACAUAUGAUUUGUUGAGUGGAGGCGGUGGACGUGCUUCGACGGGCGCACAAGAUGAUAAUUCACACACAGAACACUACUUCGCCAACGAACAAAAGGGCAUUGAUUUUGAACAGGUUGACCCCCAAGCAUUCGUACAGCGUAUGUCUGCCGGUGCGAAGGAGGCGCAGGAGCAAUUGGAUGCCAAAUUCGCACAACACGAUUUUGAUGAUUUUCUGACCAAUGCAUCCAAGGAUUUACACUCCUUUGGAUCACAACUACAACAUGACACAAAGCAGGGAGUACACGAUUUUAUGAACGCGGAACGUGGCCUAUUUAGUGGUGCCGGUGACAUAAACAAACAAACUGUUGAGGUAUCAGCGCCUACAGCAGUUCCGGUUACACCAAACAAACCUGCUGAGGAUGCAGUUAAGGAAGCUGAUUUGCUAAAUUUUAGUGUCGGUGAUGCGGCUGAAAAACAUGCUCCAUUGCAACCAUUCGAAGAAGAUUUUGAAAUACACUUUGCACCAACUGCACCUGCUUCAACUACUACAACGCUAUAUGAUGAUGAUCUUGAAAUUGGCAAAUCUUUUAAUUCUGCAUCUGUCUCCAACAAAGAUUCGGACACUGAUUCUCCUUCUUUGUCAUGCAAUCCGUCACCGGCAAAGAAGAAUCCAGUAACGGCUGCAUUAAAAGAACAGGAUAAUGACAAAUUUAUAUCUUCUGAAGAUUUGCUUGGUGAUUUCAAAGACGAGCGAACUUCAACCCCUGACUUCCAAGUUAAACCAAAGGUUACCAAACCAGCGGCUGAGGUUGAAACAGCAACCGCCUCGGUGCCUAUCACUGAUUUAGACGCAGAAGAGGAAGCCACAUCACUACUUUCACAACCCAAACACUCUCAAAUCGAAGAAAUUAAAGAAGCUGACAACACUAAUAAGGCAACAUCUUCAGCAACGUUACCCGUAGCAAGUGCCACAGCUGCAGCUGCACCCAAGCCAGCCGCAGUUAGUGAACCUUUUGCUGCUAAGCCGCUCGCUUCGACUACAACAUACAACAAAGAUACAACUGAAGUAGUCAAACCUAAAACAGCGCCACCAGUUCCUCCAAAGGAGAGCAAGCCAUCUCAUCAACAUUUGGAUCAACCAAAGAUUGUCUCCGUCGAAGAAAUAUUCUACAAAUAUGGAUUGGAUGCCUGGUUCAAGCCGGAACGUUUACAUCCACGUGUGGAAUCCCUGAUUUACUGGCGAGAUGUUAAGAAAUCUGGCAUUUUCUUCGGUGCUGGUCUUGUCACCCUGCUCGCCAUAUCAUGCUUCUCCGUCAUUAGCGUUUUCGCCUACCUGUCAUUGCUAACAUUAGCUGGUACAGUGGCGUUCAGGAUUUACAAAUCAGUUAUGCAGGCCAUACAGAAGACACCCGAGGGACAUCCCUUCAAAGAAUACCUCGACAUCGAUUUGACUUUGUCGCAAGAGAAAGUUCAAAAUAUUGCCGGCGUUGCUGUUGCACAUGUGAAUGGUUUCGUUGCUGAAUUGCGACGAUUGUUCCUCGUGGAAGAUUUGGUUGACUCAAUUAAAUUCGGUGUUAUUCUGUGGGUUUUGACUUACAUUGGCGGUUGGUUCAACGGCAUGACUUUGGUCAUCUUAGCUUUCGUCUCUCUCUUCACCUUGCCAAAGGUGUACGAAAACAACAAACAAUCAAUUGACACAUACUUGGAUUUGGUACGAAGCAAAUUGACAGAAAUUACAGAGAAAAUUAAGGCCGCCAUUCCAAUUGGCAAGAAACCAAUUGCUGCUGAAUCAGACAAGGACAAGUAAAGCGCAUAAAUUCACGAAAUAUUAGCAGCAACAAUUUUAAUAUUGUCAAUGCAGUUACUAAAACUUAAGAAGCAACAACUUAAGAACUUUAAAUAGAUGGCGGCGCAUACACAUUUUCACACAAAAUAUACACACAGCAAAACAACAAAAAAGAACUCAUUAUGAAAAUUCUACAAACAAGCAGAGAGGAUGUGUGAACGCCGACAAAGUAGAGAAUAAUUAAAAUUAAUGCAUUCACAGUCUAUAACAAGAAUAACAAAAUAUGAUUAAAUUAAAAUAAACACACACAAAUAAUAAUGAAAAACGAAAAUCUUAAAGCAGAAAACGAUAAAAAUUCACAUUUCAGUUGAUAAAGAAAAACAAAUCAAAAAACCCAAAAUAUAUAUAUACUACAAAUAUCAUAAAUUGUAUGCAUAGAAAAAGAGCAAACGAGAAGCUUUGUUCUACAUUUUCAAUGGGAAAUUAUUCGUUUAAUUGUAUUGAAUUACAUUGAUUACAAUGCGUAAAAUUUCGUUAUUAUUUGCUACCGAUUUAUAAUUAUAUAUUAUAUAAUAACUGCUACACAAUUGUAACAAGCUACAACAACAAUAUAUUCGGAAACAACUUGUUAUAUUCUCAAAAGGUUUUUUUUUUUAUAAUAAUGCUUAUAUUUUUUGAUUGUAUGUAAAUCGAUUUUAAAAUGAUAUAUUUUAUAUAAACUGUUAAAUGCACGAAAAACAAAACAACAACAAAUAUUGAUCAACAAUGUCUAUUAAUUUAACAAUUAUAUUUACGAACUGUUUUCGUUUAAACGUAGUUAUAGAGGAGAAAGGGUAUUUAUAUUUCUCAUUCCCUUUGUUACAAGUUAAGAUUUAGUCGAACAAGAAAGGCAAAACAAUAAAAUGUGAGCGAAAUUCUGCUAGUGUGAAAUAUAAACAGCGGACACGAUUGUUUGCUAUUUUAGACCUAUGAACAAAACAUUAACUAGAAAAAGAUUAGCAAACACUUGCUUCUUGAUUAUGUUGUUAUAUUACGAUUAAAAUAACAAAAAUAACAACUUAGAAUUUAACGACUUCAAAUGAGUAUAAAAUAAACAAAAAAUAUUUCGAAUGUCCAAGUGUUAUUUCGUUUAUUUCUGCAAUUUUUUGGUUAAACAACGGUAAAUCGUUUACAUGUAAUAUUCAUAGUAAAGUAUUAAACACGCACUCAUACAGCAUGUAUCAAAAGGCAAGCGCAUAUGAAAAAUCAAUUUCUAAAAAUAAAUUUAAAAAGAAAAUUACAACAACAAAAAAAUUAAUAAUAUAAUAUGUGAACGCUUUGCGUCCGUCAGUCAUCAACACUUAAUAUUAAAUGGUUAAUCACAUUGAACAAAAAACAAAGAGAAGAAGAAAAAUAAAAAGAAAAACAAAACUAAUGCGUGUUUUCUUUGAAAUUAUUAAAAAUACUUAUAAUGCAUAGUACUCAAAUAUAAAAUUAGUAGAUAUGUAUUUUGCCUUUUAAAUAUAAAUGUGUGAACACACUUGUAUAGUGUAAUGCCUUUUUUAAUGAGAAUUAUUUGUUUAAUAAACAUAUUUGUAUUGCUGACCAAAAUUAGUAUUUCGCAAAACCAAUAUUACUAUGUAGACAGUGGUACGUUUCUAUAUGACCGCUUUUCAACAAUUAUAUAUAAAUACCUAAAUGCAUAGUUACAUACUGUCUGCGGAUCGACUUGAUUUAAAAGAAGCGCAGAUUUUACUAAUUUGUUGCAAUUGUCUUGUUUUGCAUAUGUAAAAUUUUUAAAUAAAAUUCAUACUUUAAAAUAAUUUACGAA